AUCUCUCGUCACCAAGAUAGCUCUCCAUCAUCAAUUCUGAAUGCUGUUGACAUCCUCGCGAAAGGCACAACGAAGAUAAUGCAUAAGAUGGAUUUGAUGGAAGCAGAGAUUCGUGAACUUCGGGCGGCAAAUGAGGCCCUUAGCAAACGCCGGAGGGCUAAAAAAACACGUCUAAGGAAAGGAGGGUCACUUUCUAUACAGGAAGCUCAAGAAUUAGGGGAUUAAAUGGAGGUUGAGGUACAACUGAAGGAGGAAACAUGCAAUGGGGCUGGUCAGCAACUGCGGACCGAGACACGCGCACGGCGCUGUGGCAAUUGCAGAAAAGCCAGACACAAUGCACAUUCCUGUCAGAUAGUAGUAGAGAUGUCUGAGGAAGGCGAUUCUGGGUAAUUUUAAUGGAAUUUAUGUGCGUUGGUGGAAAUAUUGGUGUUAAAGUCGCGGCGGAGCGAUUUCGUGUGACAUUCGCCCGUGUGUGACAUUCGCAUGUGGGUCACGUUAUAUGUGGAUAGUAAGGCAUCGUUUGAUUAUGAUGUAAGAAUAUUUAGUCUGUUUUCUAUGUCAAUAUAGCCGUAUGCCAAGAUCCUGGUAUUCUAAAGUCAAACGGCCAGAAUAGAAGACCAUGAUUCUCUGAGUGGCCAAUAGCAAAUACCGCAUCCACCACGGGCUUCCUGUGAAAGGCAGUUUGACCAUCAUGGGUUCUUGAAUGGGUUCUUGAAUGCAGAGAAAAGGAGGGCAAAAGGAUCAGGUGGUAACUUUCCUAGGGCAAUUGAUUCAAGUU